AUGCAAAUUGCGAGACUCAGGACAUUCUCUGGUAAAGUUGAAACACACCAGCAGAAUGUGCUGAAAACAGCGCAUCACGAGACCAAUGUUUGCCAGUACGAAAAAGGAAGGCCAUUUGAUACGAUUCCCGGGCCUAAAGGAGUCCCCGUGUUCGGAACACUGUUCCAGUAUACAAGGGGUCCAUACAGUAUCGAUACUUAUCCAAACGCCCUAGUUGACAGAUACUACAGAUAUGGCCCGAUAUUCAAAGAGACAAUCGCUGCCAAAACAAGAGUUCAUAUCUUUGAUCCCGAAGAGAUCAAAAAAUUAUACGCUACAGAAGAAAACCCGCAUAUUCCACCACUUUUAGAGACAGUCAAGAUGUACCGGAAAUACCGAGACAUGUCCCCAGGGCUGGGUAAUGUGAAUGGCGAGGAAUGGUAUCGCUUGAGGAGUUCCGUGCAGAAGCUUAUGAUGCAGCCUGUGUCGACGGUUAAGUUUCUUCCGAUGGUAAACGAAGUCGUAGCUGACUUUAUAAAACGAAUGUACAAGAUUCGGGCUUCUACGGGAGAGAUCAAUAACUUUAACUUUGAAUUGUCAAAGUUCAUAUACGAAUCCUCAACCUACACUUGUUUUGAAAAACGUCAGCAAAUCUUGGAUGACGAAAAGGGGAGUCACACAGACAAAUUAUUAGCGUGUAAUAGAACAAUGUUAGAGCUGUCAACAAAACUGAAAUUCCAACUGCCAUUCUUUAAAUAUAUCAGUACACCUACAUGGAGGAAGCUCGUUGCGUCUGAAGAUUUCUUUUACAGGUUUGGACUGACACUGGUGGACGAAACCGUUGUUAAAAUGAACGAACUGGCCGAAAGUGGUGAUUUGAAAAACGGUCAGUAUGAGUUUUUGAGUUACUUGCUGGGAAGGAGAGAGUUAAGUUAUAAAGACGUGAGCAUACUCACCCUAUCAAUGUUCAAUGAUGGUUUGAGUACAACUUCCCCCAGUCUAGUGUGGCAACUUUAUUGCAUAUCAAGACAUCCAGAGAAACAAGAAAAAUUGUACGAAGAAGUUAAGGAUUUAUCCGGGAAAUCUGAGCCAAUUUCUGCCCAAACACUGACGAGGCUACCCUAUCUAAAGGCUUGCGUUAAAGAGGGAUUUCGGCUCUUCCCCAUUGCCCCCGAUGUUACGCGGGAACCAACGAAGGACACCGUCAUAAGUGGUUACCAAAUACCUAAAGGAACUUACUUGAGUCUGAACAACAAUCUGUUGUUGAGGCUACCAGAAUAUUUCGCAGAGCCAAAUGCAUACAAACCGGAGAGAUGGAUACGUGGCGACUCGACCGAUUCCAUCCACCCCUACGUUGUCUUACCAUUCGGCCAUGGAACACGAAUGUGUGUUGGACGAAGAUUUGCCGAGCAGGAAAUUUAUGUGAUGUUGAUCAAGCUGUUACAGCAUUUUAAAAUAGAAUGGAAUUCUUGUGAAGAAAUGGGAAGAAAGUUUAGGACGCUAUUUACACCUAGCACAGAGGCAAAGUUUAAAUUCAUUCCAAGGGAGUAG